AUGACCACUCCAACCCUGGAAGCAUCUCCUGGAUGGCCUCCCCUGGGCUCACUGCAGCAGACAAGGCUGUGUCUCCAUGGGGGUCUGGGCUGUGUCUGCAGCCCCCUGACCCCUCGGUGCUGUCCCUCUGACUACGCCCUGCUUUUCCCACAGGUCCAUGCCUGGGAGAUCUCGGACCAGCUGCUGCAGAUCCACCAGGAUGUGGAGUCCUGCUACUUCGCGGCGCAGACCAUGAAGAUGAAGAUCCAAACUUCCUUCUACGAGCUCCCCACGGAUUCCCACGCCUCGCUGCGGGACUCUUUGCUGUCCCACAUCCAGAACUUGAAGGACCUGUCCCCAGUCAUUGUCACACAGCUGGCUCUGGCCAUCGCCGACCUCGCCCUGCAGAUGGCUUCGUGGAAGGGCUGUGUGCAGACACUGGUGGAGAAGUACAGCAAUGACGUCACAUCGCUGCCGUUCCUGCUGGAGAUCCUGACGGUGCUGCCCGAGGAGGUUCACAGCCGGUCCCUGCGGAUCGGGGCCAACCGCCGCACCGAGAUCAUCGAGGACCUGGCCUACUACUCCAGCACCGUUGUGUCGCUGCUGGUGACGUGUGUGGAGAAGGCAGGAAAUGAGGAGAAGAUGCUCAUCAAAAUCUUCCGGUGCCUGGGGAGCUGGUUCAACCUGGGUGUCCUGGACAGCACCUUCAUGGCCAACAGCAAGUUGCUGUCCCUCCUCUUCGAGGUGCUGCAACAGGACAAGACCUCAUCCAACCUGCACGAGGCAGCGUCGGACUGUGUGUGCUCGGCCCUCUACGCCAUCGAGAACGUGGAGACCAACCUGCCACUGGCCCUGCAGCUCUUCCAGGGCGUCCUCACCCUCGAGAGUGCCUACCACAUGGCUGUGGCCCGGGAGGACCUGGACAAGGUGCUCAAUUACUGCCGUGUGUUCACCGAGCUGUGCGAGACCUUCCUGGACAAGAUCGUGUGCACCCCAGGGCAGGGCCUGGGCGACCUGCGAACGCUGGAGCUGCUGCUUAUCUGCGCUGGGCACCCACAGUACGAGGUAGUAGAAAUUUCCUUCAACUUCUGGUACCGACUGGGGGAGCACCUGUACAAGACAGAUGAUGCCGUCAUCCACAGCAUCUUCAAAGCCUACAUCCAGCGCCUGCUCCACGCGCUGGCCCGGCACUGCCAGCUCGACUCCGACCACGAGGGUGUCCCAGAGGAGACAGAUGACUUCGGGGAGUUCCGGAUGCGCGUCUCGGACCUGGUGAAAGACUUGAUCUUCCUGGUGGGCUCCGUGGAGUGUUUUGCUCAGCUCUACGCCACCCUGAAGGAUGGGAAUCCGCCCUGGGAGGUGACGGAAGCCGUGCUCUUCAUCAUGGCCUCCAUAGCCAAGAGCGUCGACCAGGAGAACAACCCGACGCUGGUGGAGGUGCUGGAGGGGGUGGUGCGGCUGCCCGAGUCGGUGCACACGGCCGUGCGCUACACCAGCAUCGAGCUGGUGGGCGAGAUGAGCGAGGUGGUGGACAGGAACCCGCAGUUCCUGGAUCCCGUGCUCGGCUACCUGAUGAAGGGGCUCUGUGACCGGCGCCUGGCAUCGGCCGCCGCCAAGGCCAUCCACAACAUCUGCUCCGUGUGCCGGGACCACAUGGCCCAGCACUUCUCCGGCCUCCUGGAGAUCGCCCGUGCCCUCGACUCCUUCGCGCUGUCUCCCGAGGCCGCCGUGGGGCUGCUCAAGGGGACGGCGCUGGUGCUGGCCCGGCUGCCCCUGGAGAAGAUCGCGGAGUGUCUGAGCGAGCUCUGCGCCGUGCAGGUGCUGGCGCUCAAAAAGCUGCUCUCUCAGGAGCCAAGCAAUGGCCUCUCCUCAGACCCUACAGUGCCCCUGGAUCGACUCGCCGUCAUCUUCAGACACACCAACCCCAUUGUCGAGAACGGCCAGGUCCACCCGUGCCAAAAAGUCAUUCAGGAGAUCUGGCCGGUGCUGUCGGAGACCCUGAACAAGCACAGUGCCGACAACCGGAUCGUGGAGCGGUGCUGCCGCUGCCUGCGCUUCGCCGUGCGCUGCGUGGGCAAGGGCUCGGCCGCGCUGCUGCAGCCCCUCGUCACGCAGAUGGUGAACGUGUACCGGGAACACCAGCACUCCUGUUUCCUCUACCUGGGCAGCAUCCUGGUGGAUGAGUACGGCAUGGAGGAGGGCUGCCGGCAGGGCCUGCUCGACAUGCUGCAGGCUCUCUGCAUCCCUACCUUCCAGCUCCUCGAGCAGCCCAACGGCCUCCAGAACCACCCGGACACUGUGGAUGACCUGUUCCGCCUGGCAGCCAGGUUUAUCCAGCGCAGCCCCGUCACCCUCCUGCGCAGCCAGGUGAUGAUCCCCAUCCUGCAGUGGGCCAUCGCUGCCACCACCCUGGACCACCGGGACGCCAACUGCAGCGUCAUGAAAUUCCUGCGGGAUCUCAUCCACACCGGCGUGGCCAACGAUCACGAGGAAGACUUCGAAGUGCGGAAGGAGCUCAUCAACCAGGUGAUGACCCAGCUGGGACAGCAGCUCGUGAACCAGCUCCUGCACACAUGCUGCUUCUGCCUCCCGCCCUACACCCUGCCUGACGUCGCCGAGGUGCUCUGGGAGAUCAUGCAGAUCGACCGCCCGACGUUCUGCCGCUGGCUGGAGAACUCACUGAAGGGGUUGCCAAAGGAAACCACGGGUGGAGCCAUCCAGGUGACACACAAACAGCUCACCGACUUCCACAAGCAGGUCACCAGGUGAGCAGGGCCAAGGUCUCCAGCU